UUUUGCAGUUACGAGUUACGCACUAGUACAUUAUAGUAUUUCCGAAGGCUAUCUAUUAACAACUUUCGGAAAAACGACACUUAACACUUCCAAUCUAACCUGUCAUCAGCACAAUGGCUACUAUUUUGCUUUGUACACUCAUAUUCGCGUCUCAUUGUUGAGAGGGGAUUUCAUGCGGCCAAUUUAUUUUUUCUUGAGUACCGUGUUUCAUUGUUAAUGCGUUCGGAGCAUUGAUAUCUGGGGUGUAGUUUAUGCGUAAAUUUUUUUUAAAUUUAUGGAAUUGUUGUGAUCGUGCUACAAUAUAGUAUGGUUAAUGGAUAGGACGUUUAUGGCUGUGGCAAUACUGAAUCACUUCAGUGUGGUUUUGUAUUAAAGACAUCUAUUUUGCUAAAGUUUUGCGGUGCCCUCGAACAUUCUCAGUUUGGUUUACGGCACCUGUGGAUAAUCGUUUUCUGGAUUUCCAGACGUAAGGCAAAGCGUGGAGAGCAGGGGGACGCAAAAUGCAAUUGUUGAUUACGCGAUGACCAUAAUGGACAACUUGAACUUGGAUUGUGCAACAAUGCAGCAGCUUUGCAUGAGUGCGAAUGGUUAAUACGAAUUACGAAUACAAUAUUCGUGUACACUGCCAGGAAACGCAAACCGCUUUAAUGUGUUGGUCCGUCGACAAUACACGGUUGCGAUAUCCGCACUGCCUGCUCGCAUUUAACAUUUUUGUUAAUUUCUGUACUUGUAUAAGUUGUGCUCCGGAUUUGGAUAAUCCGUGGAGAAUCUGGAAUGAUUUCUCAUGAAGUGAUACCUUUGGAAAACAUAAUUUCGAAUGACAGCAGUGUUGAACUACCAACCGGUGAAAAUAGCGAUGGACCAAAGAAGCCGGCUUCCAACGCGAUCACAUCCACAUUAUUAUUCGCUGUGAUAUCGGUCGCAUACGGAUCGUCUUUCACUUUGGGAUACAAUUUGGGUUCUACUAAUAUACCGCAGAUGAUCAUGGUACAGUGGAUUCGUGAGGUUCGUUGCAAACAACUUAGAGCGGAGUAUGCUGACCGCGAUGACGAUGACAAUUAUUCUAACAAUGAAACGUUAGAAUCGUGGUGCAAAAAUGUAUCUAUGAAAGAGUUGGAAGAACUCUUCACCGAUUUUUUGGGACUGAAUUGGAUGUGGACCGGCGUGUCCGUUGUCUACAUCGCAGGAGCAAUGGUGGGAGCAGUUUUAAGCCGACGCCUAGUCCAACAGUUCGGCAGGAAAGGUGCGCUCUUGGUGAACAAUGCUCCCGGCAUCGUGGGAGGGUUACUGAUGGCCAUUUCCUAUACCGCUAAUUCUUUCGAGAUUCUUCUUAUCGGAAGAGGCUUCGUUGGUUUUCAUACAGGGGUGACGGCUGUGGUGGCUACGGUGUAUUUCAUGGAAUUGGUACCCAUAACUUUACGUGGCACGUUUGGUUGUAUUCAAGCAGCUGGAGAAGCAUUUGGGACACUAUUUGCGGAAAUUCUUAGUCUGCCAAGCAUUCUUGGAGGGGCCAAGACGUGGCCAUAUCUGCUAGGAAUGUCAGCUGUGCCGUGUAUUUUUCAGUUGGCAACCCUGCCAUUUUGUCCAGAAAGUCCGCACUAUCUUUUCGUCGUUCAAGAUGAUGAGCAAGGAGCACGAUAUGCGCUGAAGAGAUUGCGGAGGUUAUCCAACUUUGGAAUGGAAAUAGCGGAUAUGCAGGAGGAACGCAAUCGAUUGAAAAAUGAACCAACCAUUAGUUUUUUCGGCAUAUGUGCCGAUCCGCACCUUCGGAAAGUGCUAGUUAUUGGACUCGUAACUGCCAGUUCUUUGGAAUUAACGGGCCUGAAUGUGGCGCUCCUGUAUUCCACAUACAUUUUCCAAAGUGCCGGUGCAACGGAGACCACAGCUUCGUAUGGCACCAUCGGUUUAGGUGGAUUGCUACUGGGCGCCACUUUACUGACGACUACCGGCUUUGUGGAGCGGAUUGGGCGGAAGCCGUUGCUGCUUUUUGGCUUUGCGGGCAUGGCACUUGCAUUAGGAUUAUUAACAACUUUCCUCGCAACCUACGAAAGCCGGUAUGAAACUUUUGAUACCAUCGAGUCCAGCUCAUCGCCUGACUACUGGCUGCCCUACGCGGCUGUUGCGUGUCUGUUCCUCUUCCAGACCAUGCAUGCACUGGGCCCAGGUACAAUCACCCUCUUUCUGAUCGCGGAAAUGUUCUCACAAAACGCCAGAGAUGCGGCAACGAACGGAGCGGUAGCGAUACAAUGGUUUGGCGCUCUUAUUGUUGUUUUGGCAUUCCCUCUAAUACAGGCCCAAGCCCGAGGAUUGACCUUUCUAAUCUUUAUUGUUUUACUUGUUUUUUAUUUUAUUUACGUUUGGAUUUAUUUACCGGAAACAAAAGGAAAGGAGCCGGAAGAAAUUCAAGCAGAUAUACAUUCACACAAAGCAAAGUGCAGAUGGUCUGUGUGCGCUUAUCUCAAAAAGAUGAUUUAUGGUGAUAAACCGGUAUCGACGGAAACCACCAUAAUCGAUUCCGUUAACGGGAUACCGAUGACUGUGAUAAAUGGACGUGAAACUGAUCACCAGCAUCCUCAUACUGAAUAGCGUAAGCGUAAUUUCCUUUUACUGGGAUACUAGUUGCGGUGUUUCUGGCUGACGGAUCAAUGUACUUCGAUGGUGAUUUUUUACAAAUAAGCCGACCAUCCUUUCUGUUAUUAUCGUAUCAAUUUUUAAUUGUAUGCAAAUUUUGCUGUUCAGCUUUAUUCGUCGUCAACUGCGAAGAAUUGAAACACGAAACUGCAGA